CACAUCGUCCGGCGGCGGCGCCGUCGUCGUCUCCUCCUCCCCCCUCACGCGGGCGGCCGCCUCCGCGCGGAGGCUCCCCCACCGCCGCCGCGGCUGGAGCCCAGAGCGGGGCGGUGCUUCCACGAAGAAGGCGACCGGGUGGCGCGGCCUUGAAGAGAGCCGGCGGGAAAUGGAGCCCUGCUGCCGCUCCCUGGGACGCCUGCUCCGCCAAGGCCGCAGCUGCCGAGCCCGCCCGUUCCCCCUUUAAAAGCUCUCCCGCCCGCCUCGCAAGCCUCGCUUCUCCUCGGCGGCGCCGGAGAUGAGCGAGCGGCCGCCGCCUCCUCCUGCGCCUGCGAAGCCGGGAAGAAGGCGAAGCAGCCGGCCGCUCUGGUCGCCGUAGACGCCGCCGCCGCCGCCGAAGCAGCCGCCGCCCGGGCGAUGUGGAGCUUGGGCGCGACGGCGCUGCAGCUGCUCUCGCGGGCGGCCAAGCACGCCUUCGCCCAGGGAGCCCGGCAGGACCUGAACCGCUGGCUGCCCCGGCAGGGGGCGGCGACUGCGGCGGAGCCGGGCGAGGCGCCGGGCCGCGGAGGAGCCUCCGAGGGGCUGUUUUGGGGAGAGCAGAACGGGCUGCACCAUUAUCCGCCGCCGCCGCCGCCGCCGCCGCCGCACCACCACCCUUCCGUGGAGCCGUCGGUGGAGAUCCUGCUGUGCCAGCUGCCCGAAGUGGGUCCCGGCUUGUCCGAGGGCAGGACGUGGCGCUGCUCGGGCUGCCUGCUGGGCACCUGCUGGUGCAAAAGCUGCCUGAGCGCGUGCUUCUUGGCGGCGCUGUGCUUCGCCUCGCUCGCCCUGGUGCGCCAGUACCUGCGGGACCUGAUGCUGUGGGCCGAGAGCCUGGACAGCCUGGCCGGCGUGCUGCUCUUCACCGUGGGCUUCAUCGUGGUGUCCUUCCCGUGCGGCUGGGGCUACAUCCUGCUCAACGUGGCCGCCGGCUACCUCUACGGCUUCGUGCUGGGCAUGGGCCUCAUGGUGCUGGGGGUCCUCAUCGGCACCUUCAUCUCCCAUGUGGUCUGCAGGAAGCUGCUGGCGGAAUGGGUGCUGGCCAGGAUCCAGGGCAGCGAGAAGCUCGCCGCUGUCAUCCGCGUGGUGGAGGGAGGAAGUGGCCUCAAGGUGGUGGCUCUGGCCAGGCUCACCCCGAUACCCUUCGGGCUCCAAAACGCCCUCUUCUCGGUGAGUAGCUCUUUGCAAGAAGCUCGGGGGUGCCCGAAGGGAUGCCCUUUGCUCUCAGAUGCCUGGCUUGUAAAGGGCAUUAAUACAGAAUAGAAAGCACUAGAGAGCCAUUUGGGAAUAGAACAUAUGUUCUGCCGAAUCUAGGUUUUGCGUUCAAAUUGUCGAUGGGGAGAAUGCAAAUGAUAUUGAAAAGCAUUGCUUGUGGAGAUAGGCUUGGACAUUCAGAACUGUUUGAAAGAUUUUUGUUUUUCUCCAUGGGAGUGGUUUUGAAAAGUUUGCCAUGGAAGCAUUUAAUAUAUGGGAACCAUAAGUCUGUGCUGAUUAUCCAGGAAAGAUAAGUAAGGGCCAAAUAUUACUUGAAUGCAUAUAAUGGUAAUCCAACAUUCUUUUGUAGAUCUGAUCUGAAGCAGAGGUGCAGAGGCAAAAGGAUUCUUAAAUCUUUGCCUGCAUCAAAUGACAUAUUUUCCCCGCUUCUUGCAGGAUUAUAAAAGCGUAACUUUUAAAACACAAAGGAAAAGCUAUUUAUGGUGCAAUCCUAAACUCAUUGAACACAAUGAGACUCGGAAAACAUGCAUAGGAUUGUUCUACAUAUUAGUGUGGGGAAAUUAGCAGGAAAAGGUUGAAGCAUCCUUACCUGCUGCUGCCUCCACUGUUGAUUAGCCCCACCGGCAGCAGUGUUUUAUUAGGUCUCUUGGGCUACAAUCAACCAUUACGCACAUUUGAGUGCAACUUGUACUUUGGUCUGAGUAGGAUAGUAAAUUCCAGCUGCCUCUUUCAGCUUUUCUGAAAAGUCUUCAUGGCUUUUAAAUUUCCACAUAACUUCAAAAAUUCCUUACAUGGAAUUCCAAAAUAAUUCUUAAGGAGAAUACUCCUGCAUCAGAAAAAACUCCCAUUUCCUUCUAACAUCAAAAGAAAACUCCAUUAGAAGGAAAUAAAGGUUCAGUAAAAUUAUAGGGGCCAAUUCUGUUUUUCAAAUUUAUGUGGUACCAAAGCAUUACUGUUUUUCAAACUUGUGUCAACAAUCCUCGAUAUUUAAAAUAGGGAGGGUUAACUUCACAUUUUCCUAUAAGAAAGUUGUAGGUACUGUUGAGUUGGGACUCUUGGAAAAAGCAUGUGUCUAUCUUUGUACAAUUUUAAAGCUACAGGAGAGAACUUGCAGCUAACCCUUUCUUGAAUGUUAUAAAUAUUUUAAUCAUGUGACUUGAUAAAAAAAACUUACGUGUGCCUUACUAUCUGUAAAUAGGUGAUCAUAAUAGGUUUGGUUUUUUUUGGGCUGGGAAAUCUUAACCAUACUUUGUAGUUUGCUCUUAUUAUAAUUCCCUCCCCCCAUAACAUGCAGAAAGAACAUACAACUAUGUAGAUCAACAGCAGUGCUAUGCUUCCCCCAGAGUGUAAACAUAUCUUUGAAAAAAUCCAGCUUACUAGAGUGACUCUUCAGUGAUAUUAUUAGUGAUAAAGGGGAAAAGCAAGUGUUUUAAAACACCAGCAGCUUGAAUUAGGGAUAGCUCAGUUGGUAGAGCAGGAGAGACUUAAUCUCAGGGUUGUGGGUUCAAACCCCAUGUUGGCCAAAAUAUUCCUUCAUUGCAGGAUGUUGGACUAGAUGACCCUCGUGGUCCCUUCCAACUCUACAAUUCUAUGAUUCUACAUUUGUCACAUUACCAAUGUGUACCAAGGUACACAUUACCUUACCAAUGCAGUCUUAUGCAUGCCUACUCAGAUGUAAGCCCCACUGAGUUCAUUGGGGUUUACUUCCAGGUAAUACUGUGUAGGGCUGAGGUAUGCAAACUUUAAAAAAAGUUGGAGUUGACAAUCUGGUAACUGAGUUUAUUUUUAAGUACUUUUUAGAGGUUUAGUAAACCUUGUGAGUUUACUUUUUAGUAAGUGUGCUUAGAAUUGCAUCUUCAGUUACUUACUUUGGGAUUACUGCUAUGAUGCUGAGCUUAUGUGUUCUUCAGUUUGUGUUUAUCCUUAUUCUGUGAUGCCCUCUUAGAUAGUCUCCCAGCUCUUUGACAGCUGCUUCUGAGUAAACAGCUCAUGUGAAAUGACUACAACAUUUAAAGGACUGAACCAUGUGGGCAGAUGCUGAUUGUAUUGGUGUCUCCAAGGAAUUGGUUCACGUCUGUGCAGUUCAGUCACUUAAACACUCUCCCAACCCUGUGGGAGCUGUUUACAGAUAAGUGGCUUUCACAGUACCAGAAGAUUGCCUAAAGGUGCCUGUGUGUUGCUCCUUAAAACGUACUGUGCAUUAGUGCACCUGCAACAUUUUAAUUUGAGCCAGCAAUCCUUUUUGGAGCAAGCGCCCCAAAGUGUAACUGAAUAACAGUAGAUCAUAAAAGAAUAUGAGACUGUGUGCAUUCUUUGAUAAUGAUAUCACAGUGGUACUCCUAAGAGAUAGUAAUGAAAUUCAACAAAGCGUCUUGUGGCACCUUAAAGGCUUUUAUUAUGGCAUGACCUUUGGUGCAUCCAUCUAGUGACAUGGGUUCCUCUCCACAAAAGCUUUUGCCAUAAUCAGUUUGCUGGUCUUUAAAUAACUACUCUUUGCUUUUUGCUUCAGCGGACUAACAAGCCCACCCUUUUGAAAAUUGCUAUAAUGAAAUCUAGUAAUACUACAAAUGGAUGAACCAUGGAAAACAUUAAAUCACAUCUGUAAAUCAUUUCUGGAAAAUCAUAUUUCAGUGUGCUAGAUGCAUAGGGACAUCUGGAUUCUGUAAUUUAGUAGGACAUCCGGAACUCACUCCUUUCUAUUACUUUUUUCAUUGUUUUAGUACCUGUGUGAAAUUAAUGUUCUUAGAUAUGUGUAAUAUUUCAUUAUACCUUCAUGGUCUAUCUUUUAUGAUGGUUUUUCAACUUCUUUAUUGUUUUUGGGACAUGCUGUCCUAGUUGUGGCAGCUUUUCACAAAAUAAUGAUAUAACAUAAAUGGUGCAACAUGUUAGGAGUCUGGUCCUAGCACUUACAGUUGCUUUCUUAAUGGCAUUCUGCAUGGGAAUUUCAGGGAACCAAGGAACUUUUAAGUAGUCAGAGAAAAAGUAACCUAAAGACUUGUCAUUAUUAGCACCCGUCUGUCUCAAGAGACAAUGGAGUACACCUCUGGGGGUGAAGUCAAAUCGCUGGAGAAUCACAGCACCUGCUGUGGCUGCAGAGACCAGUAACUUGUAACAGCUGCCUCCCACGUUGCUUUUGCUGUAUUAACACCUAGUGCUAUUAGUGACCUCUCUGGGGCACAAGCCUGAGCAGUGUGUAUGGAGGUAUGGAGGUCCUGGGCUGCCCAGACAACAAGACUCCCCUCUCUGCCUUGCUGAUUUGGUACAUAGGAAAACAAAGUAUAUUUGACACCAGCUUGGCUGCAGGAGUUGCUGAAAGGAGGCAUACGAGGCUUAGGGACUUCACUGUACCUUUCUCACGAAUUGCAAUGGCAGCAGAGGUUUAGGAUCAUAGUUUUCCUUUUCCCUUUUCUUUCCCGAGUUGACAAGCCCAGUUUGCCCCUCAUUUCCCUUGAUAGCACAUGCAGUAACCACCUUCUUGACCAUUGGACCCACUGUUGGUCUCAUCCACUCAACCACCGGAGGCUGACUUUGUACAUGGGGAGUCCCUAACUCACCAAGAGCUUGAGACCCAUUGGCUACCCUCACCUGGGGUGUGGCUGCUGUCACAUGCUGAUAUCUUAUCGGAGCCACAGGUGAGAGCUGAGUGCAGAGUGGCAGAGUGGGAAUGAAAGGUGGAAAAGCUACCUCAGAAGGAGCACAGCAUUUCCCCCACCAGAGGUACUACCCCUCCCCUAAUACCCCAUACACUUCAACUUAUAGACUAGUUUAAUAGAAUUCUUAUAUUCUUACAUUCCAAGUCCUUUAUGAGUAUAAACUGAUAUGACAUGUGUGAAUUUGUUCAGUGGAGUGUAUACAUCAAGCCCUUGAAUAAUUCUGUAAUAUCCUAACUGCAACCAUCAGGUCAUGCUAAACUGUUACAAGAGAGUAGAUUCAGGGAUUAAUUAUAAUAUCAGAUGAUUUCAUUUAGCUUGAAAACAUGGUGGUACUCCCAUUACUUCUGUUACUUUUGGAAGCUUGCAGAAAUUGCUUGUAUGUGAUUCUAAGUAUUCCUUUUAAGAUGGAACAGUAAAAACUGUGUGGAAGUACUCCAGUACAGGAAAUUAGUAAAUAAUGAUCUAUUGGAAUAAAGGUACUUGGAGUCUGUUAGGAACACUUAGAUAUCCAUGCUGCCCAGUCCUAAACUUGUGUACAGUACAGUACAGUAAGUUCCAGUAUGUUCAUAAUCCCUCCCUUUUAGGUAAAUUGGGAUUGCAGUUAUAAACUAGGUUGGUUCAUGGUUGUAAAAGGCAAGCAUCUUGAGAGAGCAAUUCCUUUUUGAGUGCCUUUAGUUUAUCUGUUCUGCAAUGCAGUGUGCAGGACUGUAUAUUAAUGGAUGCUUGAUGCAUGAAGCUUUUCUACACAGAUAAAAAUCUCAGUGUAAUGAAAAAUUGUAUGCUGUUGCUGGUAAAGUGCAGGACAAGAAAUUUUGCUACAAAAAGCAGGGUGAAUUGAUUUAAAUCACCACAAAACCAGACAAAUUGAAAUCACUUAAAUCAAGAGUAUCAUAUGAUUUGUGCUCUUCCUGAUCAAACAUCCACAUUAGUUGAUUAUAUAAUUUAAGAUACUGGUUUGCAACUAAAUAAGAACCUUUAUACUAGCUGGGACUAGGAGUAUAUUCUGAAGCCUUUGAUCAUGCAGCUAGCAUGCCAUUAGUGCUACAGAAUUAUAUUUGCUGGAGAGGCAGGAAGGAUAGUGCAAUUGUGAGAUUUGUUGGCAUCUCUAUGUACAAAUAUCGGUGACACUAAGCAAUAUUACUUAUUUGAAGGCUAACUACACAAUCCACUGUAUGUUUACUUAGAUGUGAGUUCUGCUCUGUUCACUGGGACUUACUUUCAUGUAAGCCCAAGGUUUCAAUUGUAUGAAUGUUUAUUUGGGACUAAAUCCUAUUGAAAUGAUUGGGAGUUCCUUCUAAAUCCAAGUGCAGAGAAUCACACUGCACACACGAAGGUGAAUUUCUCCAUGUGCAAAGCUCAGGUAGCUGUAAAGCAGUAAAAAAACAACAACACCCAACCCUCUCCCAUGUAGGUUGGUCAGUUGAUCUGAUGCGAGACAAGAUUAUGUCUUCUGGACCCAACCCACUAUGAUUUGACUGUUUUGAGUGGUAGGCAGCGCACAAUCAGUACAACAUGUCACUUAUUGUGUCCUAUUUAUAAUGUUGUUGUUUAGUCGUUUAGUCGUGUCUGACUCUUCGUGACCCCAUGGACCAGAGCACGCCAGGCACUCCUGUCUUCCACUGCCUCCUGCAGUUUGGUCAGACUCAUGCUGGUAGCUUCGAGAACACUGUCCAACCAUCUCGUCCUCUGUCGUCCUCUUCUCCUUGGGCCCUCAAUCUUUCCCAACAUCAGGGUCUUUUCCAGGGAGUCUUCUCUUCUCAUGAGGUGGCCAAAGUAUUGGAGCCUCAGCUUCACGAUCUGUCCUUCCAGUGAGCACUCAGGGCUGAUUUCCUUCAGAAUGGAUGCGUUUGAUCUUCUUGCAGUCCAUGGGACUCUCAAGAGUCUCCUCCAGCACCAUAAUUCAAAAGCAUCAAUUCUUCGGCGAUCAGCCUUCUUGAUGGUCCAGCUCUCACUUCCAUACAUCACUACUGGGAAAACCAUGGCUUUAACUAUACGGACCUUUGUUGGCAAGGUGAUGUCUCUGCUUUUUAAGAUGCUGUCUAGGUUUGCCAUCGCCUUUCUCCCAAGGAGCAGGUGUCUUUUAAUUUCGUGACUGCUGUCACCAUCUGCAGUGAUCAUGGAGCCCAAGAAAGUAAAAUCUCUCACUGCCUCCAUUUCUUCCCCUUCUAUUUGCCAGGAGGUGAUGGGCCCAGUGGCCAUGAUCUUCGUUUUUUGAUGUUGAGCUUCAGACCAUAUUUUGCGCUCUCCUCUUUCACCCUCAUUAAAAGGUUCUUUAAUUCCUCCUCACUUUCUGCCAUCAAGGUUGUGUCAUCUGCAUAUCUGAGGUUGUUGAUAUUUCUUCCGGCGAUCUUAAUUCCGGCUUGGGAUUCAUCCAGCCCAGCCUUUCGCAUGAUGAAUUCUGCAUAUAAGUUAAAUAAGCAGGAAGACAAUAUACAGCCUUGCCGUACUCCUUUCCCAAUUUUGAACCAAUCAGUUGUUCCAUAUCCAGUCCUAACUGUAGCUUCUAGUCCCACAUAGAGAUUUCUCAGGAGACAGAUGAGGUGGUCAGGCACUCCCAUUUCUUUAAGAACUUGCCAGUUUGCUGUGGUCGACACAGUCAAGGCUUUUGCAUAGUCAAUGAAGCAGAAGUAGAUGUCUUUCUGGAACUCUCUAGCUUUCUCCAUAAUCCAGCGCAUGUUUGCAGUUUGGUCUCUGGUUCCUCUGCUCCUUCUAAAUCCAGCUUGCACUUCUGGGAGUUCUCGGUCCACAUACUGCUUAAGCCUGCCUUGUAGAAUUUUAAGCAUAACCUUGCUAGCAUGUGAAAUGAGUGCAAUUGUGCGGUAGUUGGAGCAUUCUUUGGCACUGCCCUUCUUUGGGAUUGGGAUGUAGACUGAUCUUCUCCAAUCCUCUGGCCACUGCUGAGUUUUCCAAAUUUGCUGGCAUAUUGAGUGUAGCAUCUUAACAGCAUCAUCUUUUAAAAUUUUAAAUAGUUCAGCUGGAAUAUCAUCACUUCCACUCACCUUGUUAUUAGCAGUGCUUUCUAAGGCCCAUUUGACUCCAGGAUGUCUGGCUCAAGGUCAGCAACCACACUACCUGGGGUAUACGAGACAUCCAUUUCUUUCUGGUGUAGUUCCUCUGUGUAUUCUUGCCACAUCUUCUUGAUGUCUUCUGCUUCUGUUACGUCCUUUCCACUUUUGUCUUUUAUUAUGGUAAUCUUUGUACGAAAUGUUCCUUUCAUAUCUCCAAUUUUCUUGAACAGAUCUCUGGUUUUUCUCAUUCUAUUGUUUUCCUCUGUUUCUUUGCAUUGCUUGUUUAAGAAGGCCUUCUUGUCUCUCUUUGCUAUUUUUUGGAAAUCUGCAUUCAAUUUCCUGUAUCUUUCACUAUCUCCCUCGCAUUUUGCUUGCCUUCCCUCCCCCGCUAUUUGUAAGGCCUCGUUGGACAGCCACUUUGCUUUCUUGCAUUUCCUUUUCAUUGGGAUGGUUUUAGCUGCUGCCUCCUGUAUAAUGUUACGAGCCUCCAUCCAUAGUUCUUCAGGCACUCUGUCCACCAAAUCUAAAUCCUUAAACCUGUUCCUCACUUCCACUGUGUAUUCAUAAGGGAUUUGACUUAGAUUGUAUCUUACCGGUCCAGUGGUUUUCCCUACUUUCUUCAGUUUAAGCUUGAAUUUUGCUAUGAGAAGCUGAUGAUCUGAGCCACAGUCAGCUCCAGGUCUUGUUUUUGCUGACUGUAUAGAGCUUUUCCAUCUUUGGCUGCAGAGAAUAUAAUAAAUCUGAUUUCGAUGCUGCCCAUCUGGUGAUGUCCAUGUGUAGAGUCGUCUCUUGUGUUGUUGGAAAAGAGUGUUUGUGAUGACCAGCUUGUUCUCUUGGCAGAACUUUAUUAGCCUUUGCCCUGCUUCAUUUUGAACUCCAAGGCCAAACUUGCCAGUUGUUCCUUUUAUCUCUUGACUCCCUACUUUAGCAUUCCAAUCCCUAUAAUGAGAAGAACAUCCUUCUUUGGUGUCAUUUCUAUAAGGUGUGUAAGUCUUCAUAGAAUUGGUCAAUUUCAGUUUCUUCAGCACCAGUGGUUGGUGCAUAAACUUGGAUUACUGUGAUGUUAAAAGGUCUGCCUUGGAUUCGUAUCGAGAUCAUUCUAUCAUUUUUGAGAUUGCAUCCCAGUACAGCUUUCACCACUCUUUUGUUGACUAUGAGGGCCACUCCAUUUCUUUUACGGGUUUCUUGCCCACAGUAGUAGAUAUGAUGGUCAUCCGAACUGAAUUCUCCCAUUCCCGUCCAUUUUAGUUCACUGAUGCCCAGGAUGUCAAUAUUUAUUCUUGCCAUCUCAUUUUUGACCACAUCCAACUUACCAAGGUUCAUGGUUCUUACAUUCCAGGUUCCUAUGCAAUAUUUUUCUUUACAGUGUUGGACUUUCCUUUCGCUUCCAGGCAUAUCCGCAACUGAGCGUCCUUUCAGCUUUGGCCCAGCCGCUUCAUCAGCUCUGAAUCUACUUGUACUUGUCCUCCGCUCUUCCUCAGUAGCAUGUUGGACGCCUUCCGACCUGAGGGGCUCAUCUUCCAGCGUCAUAACUUUUAUAUGCCUGUUGUCUUUGUCCAUGGAGUUUUCUUGGCAGGGAUACUGGAGUGGCUUGCCAGUUCCUGCUCCAGGUGGAUCACGUUUGGUCAGAACUCUCCACUAUGACCUGUCCAUCUUGGGUGGCCCUUCACGGCAUAGCUCAUAGCUUCUCUGAGUUAUUCAAGCCCCUUCACCACGGCAAGGCAGUGAUCCAUGAAGGGGCCUGUUUAUAAUGCUUGACAUCAAAAGUUGGCCUUUUCUCCUCCAUUUCUUCCUUUGACAUAAAAAGCAAGUGUUAAAUCAAUCUGCUUGGUAACAGAUCAUCAGACAAUAAAGCUAAAAUCCUGCAACCACUUAACAUGGAAGUAAGCCUCAUUUAGCUCAGUGGAAUGUAUUUCUGAGUAGACCAGAAUAUGCUUGCACUUUAAAUGUGGGUAUUAACAUUUUUCAUAAAAUUUAAACAAUGCUAUCUUUACAAAGAAACUAUAAUUGAAAUAUAAAAGAAACAGAAAGGAAAGCAGAAAGUGUGAUCUAAAUUUUCAGCUUUCCAUGAUCAAGUUAAUAAACACUCAGGGCCAUGCCAAUGCAGUUGAGUUGCUUUCAGGACCAUGUGUCAUCUUCUGGCCCAUACACUCAACAGCAUGGGUAAAGAUCAGUGACUUUAAACAAACAAAUAAAAGCAAAUGGUCCUGAAUGUAGGCGCAAGUACAGGCGUAUUGGGUGAUGUUGCAUAUUUAUUAGCUUGAUCAUGAGUGGGUGUGUAUUUGCAUUAUAUUCUCUUUUUUCCCACAGUUAGAAGCUACUGUGUUUAGUUGCAACCAGGAAAACAUUGCACUGAUGACUAGGAUAACAUUUAUCCAACGUGUCAGGUCAAAGGUAGUCCUUGACUCUUAGAGUGGCAGCAUUUCCAGAAAGAUAAAUAGUAUUUGACAGUGAAGUAGUUAGCAGCCCACAUGUCUUAUCAGCUGAACUACUUUUGUAAAAGCAUGUCUUAUUCCUGAGAUGUGUAUUUUCUCUCUUUCUGAAAUAUAUAAGCAAAAAUACAAAUAUGAGAGGAAAAAUUGUACGUAAUCUUACGUAAGAGUAUCUAGUGGUACAUCGGUUUUUGAACGUCUUCGUUGACAAACAUUUUGGUUUUCGAAUGCUGUAAACCUGGAAGUAAAUGUUUCGGUUUUCGAACACACUGCAGAAGUCGAACAUUCCACGCAGCUUCUGCUGAGUGCAAGCUCCUGAGGCCUAGCUGUUGGUUGUUGAGUCCUUGGUUUUUGAAUGUUUCAGAACCUGAACAGUCUUCCGGGAUGGAUUACGUUCGAAAACCGAGGUACCACUGUACUCAUUUCUGCAGGAGAAUGUUAUAGUAGACAUUUCAACACUGAGCAAAAGGGUUCAUUCUAUUUUAUUAACUUAUUAAGAGUUAUAUAUGUCAGACUCACCAAAUCAUUCAUUUUGGUUGUAUUCAGAGCCUUUCUCAUCCAUUUUAAUGUUGGAGAGUACCCCCUUUUUAAUAUCUGUCAAUUACAACUUUAGGGCUAAUAACAGGUUGUCAAUUAAUGCAUUUUUCAGAUAAAAAAGCAAAAAACCCCCCACAAAACCCCAAGGUUUUGAGUUUAUUUAUUUGCAUUUAAAUAACAGUAUCACAAAUGGAUCUAAUUUCAGUUUACACCUGGCCAUCUGAUAUAUUACAUCAAUCACUUUCUUCCAAACUUCAACAACUGGAAGGCAUUUCCUUCACAACUGCAUGAAGCUGACACCUGAUGAUUGACAUCUCCAUCAUUUAUUAUAAGUUCCAUAAAUAUUGUUGACUUUAUGUGGGGUGAAGAACUAUUUGCAUAAUGAUUUAUAUUGUGUUUCAGAUUUAAGCAAUAGGAGAAGGAUCUGAUAGACUGAAAAACAGAUGGCUGUUACCUUUUUUAAAUCAUUGGCCCCCUGCCCUUCAUCAGUUGAAGUUUAAAGACAUUCACACACUUUCACUGGGCACAAUAGGCAAAUAUUUCUGUGUAAUUUUGAACUGAUUCAAAAGGUGUUUCAUGAAUGAGGCUGUUUGCUUGUCUGGUUAUAAUACUUAUAUUCCGUUUGAUAGAUCCAAGAAGUUCUCAAAGCAGCUUACAGAAUAUUUUUAUGAUAUGAUUGCAUUCAAUGAUAGUUUUAGGAAGAGAAAUAAUAUAGCAUCCAUAUGAUGCUAGGUUAUUUUGGAAGCAUUUCCUUUCUUCAUCCGUGGUCUUCCCUGCUAUUGCCAGGUAGCAAUCCCACUGAGGAUCUCUGAGGCAAAGGAACUAAGGCUCAGCUGCUGGACCUCACUCAGCCCAUGAUGGAGGCAAGUCUUGGUCAAAUCAAGUAGCUAUUGUCUUCCUUCUUCAAAAUCUACCUUGAAGAAAGACUACAACUACUUCCUCCUACCUUGAAGAAAGACUUUCUUAAUACCAACUGUAUGUAACAUUUGGUAGUCACUUAUUUUGGGCUCUAUCCUAAUCCUUAUUCUAAGGAGCUCAGGGAAGAUGAUAGUAUUGUUGAAAUGAAGAGAGACAGAAUUCCCUACCCCCAGGAUGCAUGAGGUAGAGAGGAGGGUGGGUGGUGGUGGUGAGGUAAAAUCAAUUAAAAAUUAUGGUAAUCCUGUCUUUAAUAAAAAAAGAAAUCUGAAUUUUAAUACAGACAUGUUGAAAGGCACAACAUUUAUUACUAUGUGUGUCCCUUGGUCCCAGGUAAUUAUAUUUUCCACCUACGUGUUCACUUCUUAUAUUAUAAAUAUUUAUGAUGCUACCAGGCAAAAAGCCUAGGCAUUUGUUUUUCAUAUCAUAGAGGAAUACAGUUUUGUGAGGUAGCUACUACAGCCAGCAACCAUUUUAGGCACAGCCAAUUGAUAUGCAAUUGCCGACACGCAGGUCCUUUUGGACCCAGAAGAAGGUGAAACGGAGGUGGCCGAUGUGCUGUGCAGCCAGAACGGAACCCCCAUGUGAAAUAGUUGCCACCUGCAUCUGAUCUGCAAAGUUCUAGGCACUUGCUACCAUCUGAUCGUAGUCACAGUUAUGUAGAAGUAAGCCUCACUUUGUUCAGUGGGACUUACUUCCUUAUAACUGAUCAAAGGACUACAACCUUAGCCUUCAAGUAAGUGGUCUUGCUUAAUAUUCUUGUAUGUCUACAGCAAAAGCCAAAAAGACAUAAUUAUGUUUCAUAAAUCUGUGGUGCUAAAGGUUUUGAAUUAUGCUCCUAGAUAUCUGAUUAUCCCUUUGUCUCUCAACCAACAAAGUAACUUUCUUCAACUGUGCAGAAUUUGUGGUUUGUUUCUUAGUGGAUCACUAUGGUAUGUGCUCUCCAAACUUUGAUGUUCUGCAUUCCCCCCCAAAAGGUGUUGAGAUGAAAAUCUUAUCUGGAUCCCUUUGAGGUCUAAAUUGCACAUGAUGUUAAGGGCAUUGCUUGCUGUGUCCUUUGGGGUUCUUUUAUUUGCUAGUAAGUGUGUGUACACAUGUGUCCGGGACUCAAGGCGGCUUUGCAUAGAUAAAAUAGAAAAAGCUCAAAACAGAAAAGACAAUAAUUAAAAUAAUUUAAGAUAGAUCCAUUAAAAACACAGGCAACAAUAAAAGCCUGUUGGAAUAGAAACAUCUUCACCUUCCAGCGGAAGGACAGCAAGGAGAGAGCCUGUCUACCUUGUCUAGGAAGGGAGUUCUGAGAUCUUGGAGCAGUCACCAAGAAGGCCCUCUCCCAUGUCCAGAGCUAAGAGCCUGGGCAGGUUCAUAUGGGGGAAUGGGGGUCUUUCAGGUAGCUUGAGGUUGGAGUGGCAUCUCAGUGACAGACUCUGCUCCCAUUGCACACAAGUUUGUUUGAACAUCUGUCUUCUGUCGAGUCGGACUGUUGCUUCAACACUGACUGGCAGCAGCUUUCCAGGACAGGAGUCUUUCCUGGCCUUACUUGGAGGUGCUGGGGAUUGCUGAAUAUAAAGCAUGUGCUCUGCCACUGAGCUGUAACCUUUUCCCCAAACUUUCUGUAAGGAUUUGGGUGCCUGUGUUUUUAUGGGCCAGGGGUGGAGUCCGCUGACCCAUUCCUAUCCCUCCUCCCGCCAUGUGAAUCCUGGUUAAAAUGCCUAUAAAGAUUUUAAAAACAAUCUUGUAAAUUGAGUUCUUCCAGGUUUCUCUCUUCCCCCCUACAUUACAGUUUUUUUUAAAAAAAGGUUCUGAUGUAAAAAUAGAUAUGCAAAUGAUUUUAUCAAAUAUGGGUGCCCUAAUUUUAUUUAAGCAUAAAACAGUGUUUAUUUUCUAUAUUUGAAAAAUGUAUGGUGACUUUAGAUUGGAUUUAACUGCAUCUUGCUAAUGAGUUCACUAGACAUGCCUCUUUCCUACUGUAUAAUACUUAGUCCUGAGCCAUUUUAGGAUGAAAGAAGAAGCAAAGAUCAUGAUCUGUACAGAUAACAUCUUACCAGUAGCCUGGGUACAUUACAGGCUGAACAAGUUUACUGUCGAGAGGUGUUCAUCUAAUCCUUGUGAUUGUUUCAGAGUACGGUCAAAUUUAAUGAGUGCCCUACUUAGUAUAUCUGGUUUCUAAUUUAAUAUUUAAAAGGCAGAGAAAGUACUAGUUGCAUUCUCCUGGCAAUAAAGUAGGUCUCCCAUGUGUAAGCUUUCGUAAUGCCCCAGAUUUCAACAGAAUUACAAAAGUUAUCAGAAAGUACCUUUUGGAUAUAUAACGCUGGUAAGUUUAUUCACAUACCUGUUAAUAAAAUUUGCUGUAAAACUUCUGCCUAAGUUUAAUUCAUGCUACUGGUGCAAAUACUUUCUUGGAUUUAGAAGUACUGCAAUAAAUUGCCUAAAAUUGUGAAGUAAUUUGUUCACUACUCAAGUGUUUCAGCUGAUCACCUUACUGGAGUGCUAAAUUGUAUUUGAUUACUCAUGUCACCGCUUCAUUUUGAAGAGAUAUUGUUAAAAUACCAACACUAUUCUAAAAUAGUGGCUACAGGCUAUGUUGUGAAUUUUUUUUUUUUUAAAUCGUCAUUCUAAUGCUACAUAAUGCUAAAAUGAAUAGAAUAUCAUUUUAACGUGUCUUAAAGUGUCCGCUGGGAAGGACUGUUUACGUUAAAACUUUAGAAGCUGUUUGGGUCUUUGUAUUGCUUGACUUAGGAACAUGUUUUAGAACAGCCAUGUUGUACUUCAGGCCCCCGCACCUAAAUAGGCCUGUGAAAUGGAUUUGAAAAAUACCUACCAUGUCCAGCUGUUCCAUCACCUGACAUUCAUUAUGACACCAGGUGCUGUAGUGGUGACAUCUCUGUGCCUAAUUCCAGAAGGAAAAUUGGGAGCGCACUAUUGGUGCACCUCUGAUUCUUUCAUUCCAGUGACUGCUUCAGUUUGGCACUUAAAAAAUUGGUGCCAGGUUCAAGUGGAAAAGAAGAAUUGGGAGGGCAUUUAGAGUACAUUCCUGAUUCUUCUUUUGCAGCCAGGGUUUAAAAUUUGAAUCGCCUGAUGUCAUAUAAUGACAGAUGAUUGACCGGUGGGUGGCCUUGCUCACCUGUCAAAGUUGCCUGUGGGUGGGCCAGUUGAAGGUCUGGUUUGUCAGCUGCAUCAAGUUUCCCUGAAGCUUCAGCUGUUGGAGAAUCCAGCACCCCUGAUGUUGACAUGUGAUAAACAAUUAGGCCAAUUCUUCAUCAGCUUUACUGGCUACCUAUUGGCUUCAAGGAGCAAUUUAAAUUGCUGGUAUUGACCUUUUAAAGCAGGCUUCCUCAAACUUGGCCCUCCAGAUGGUUUGAGACUAUUCCCAUCAUCCCUCACCACUGGUCCUGCUAGCUAGGGAUCAUGGGAGUUGUAGGCCAAAAACAUCUGGAGGCCCUAGUUUGAGGAAGCCUGUUUUAAAGCCACCACUGUGGGGGUGAGGAGUUGCAGUGGUAGAGAUAGAUUAGGUAGUUCUUUGUGGCCCUCUUUUUUAGUCUCUGUGUGGAAUGAUUGGUAGAAAUAGAAUGGUGUAUUUAUUAUUGUUUCUACUCAUUGUUGCAUUGUUCUACUAUUCAAAUAACAUUUAUUUGUUUAAGUGGUUUUAUCAAAUAUUUUAUGUUUGGAAAACACUGGAUUUUGUUAGGUGGCUAACAAGUCUAUAAAACAAAUAGAAAAGGUAAAGGUACCCCUGACCGUUAGGUCCAGUCACGGAUGAGUCUGGGGUUGCGCACUCAUCUCGCUCUAUAGGCCGAGGGAGCCGGUGUUUGUCUGUGUCCGCAGACAGCUUCCGGGUAAUGUGGCCAGCAUGACUAAGCCACUUCUGGCAAACCAGAGCAGCUCAUGGAUAUGCUGUUUACCUUCCCGCUGGAGCGGUACCUAUUUAUCUACUUGCACUUUGACGUGCUUUUGAACUGCCAGGUGGGCAGGAGCUGGGACUGAACAACAUGAGCUCACCCCGUCACAGGGAUUCGAACCGCCAACCUUCUGAUCAGCGAGCCCUAGGCUCUGUAGUUUAGACCACAGCGCCACCCGUGUCCCUUAAAACAAAUAAAACUAAACUACAAAUUAGAAACUGUAUUUCUAAAUAUAUGGAAAACGCCUACCAGCAGUUGGGCUAUUAAACAUGACAUACUAGAUUACUUUCAGAGCCUUAACACUGUUGGCAGUAUGUGUUGUCACAGGCCUCUAGUAUGAGUACUAGAAUGUUUCUUUGUCUUCCUGCAGGCAAGCUCUUACUUGGAAUGUAUUACCAAAGGUAACUUAUAAAUACAUUCCUAUUUUAAAAUAUAAUGUGUUUGUCAUACCGAAUUUAUAGCCAGGAUAUACUUGGCUAUAUAUCAAAGGAGCCACACCCUGGGGACGGCUUCAACUGGCUGGCUAAGCCAGGUGAGGGUAGCUGAUGGGUCUCAAACCCUUGGUGAGUUAGGGACUUCUGCAUGCAAAGACGGGCUCUGGCAGAUUGAGCAGAUGAGACCAAAAGUAGGUCCAACAGUCAAGAAGGUGAUUUCUGCACAUGCUGUAGGGAAAUGAGGGGCAUAUGGGGCUUGUCAACCUGGGAAGGAUAAGUUUGGGAGAAGAAAAGGCUAAGGAAUAAACCCUGCAGAAAUCUAGAAUGGAGUCCCUAAAGCAGUUGGAUGGCACCUUGUAUGCCCCCUUCUGGCAACUCCUGCAGCCAAGCUGGUAUUAAACAUACUGUUCUGCUUUCCUUUGGACCACAUCAGCCAGGCUGAGAGGGGGGAAGCCCAGAACCUCCAUACACAAUGGCCCAGGCUUGUGCCCCAAGGAGGUUACUUCAGUCCUGCUAAUGCAGGGUUUGACUUCACCUCUGGAGGUGCACUCCAUUAUCUCUCAAGACAGCCGGAUGCCAACAAAAAUAGCAAAAACCUGUCAUAAUCUCCAAUUCUGUUUGAAAGUUAUUUGUUGUUUAUCUACUAUUUCACUAAGGGGUUCAAGGCAAUAUACAUGAUCCCUUCCCACCUUUCACUUUUAGCAUUCAUAAAGAAUUUUUGAAAUCCUUAAGCCAAUUAAAAUAUGUAAAAAUAUUUUCCCAGUAGACUUAUGUAACUAUGGUUGUACUCUUAGGUCUAUUGAAAUAAGUGGUUCCUGUUAGCCCUGGGGCUGGUGACGGUGUCUUUGGGAGAUUUAGAACAUGUGACUAAUAAAGAGAAUUCCCUUUUUCAGGUUACAUUUUAUGCCUUCUUUUUUAUUUAGAUAACGGAUCUUUCAUUACCAAACUAUCUGAUGGCUUCUUCCAUUGGAUUGCUUCCAACUCAACUCUUAAACUCCUAUCUGGGCACCACCUUGCGCACUAUGGAGGAUGUCAUUGCAGAACAAAGUGUUAGUGGCUACUUCAUUUUUAGUUUACAGGUAAGCCAUUUUUUUAGCCCUUACUCAAAAAAUUCAUUUUUAUAACCUUUUGUCUCAUUGCGGUAUGUGUUUAAUGAAAAGUAAGUCCCACUGUGUUAAAUGGCAUUCACUCCCAGGUAAUCUGCAUGGUUAAUAUUGGCUUGGAUCAUAAGGCUCCUUUUAUUUAUAUUAUACUGUAGUGCAAUUCUCUUUGAAAGCUGUCCAAGUUGGUGGCCCAUCACACUGUCUUGUGGGGGCGAGUUUUGUAGUUUGAGUAUACAGUAGAAUCUCUACUUACAACCGCCUCCACUUGCGGACGUUCCAAGUUGCGGCUGCGGCAAACCUGGAAGUAACUGGUGGGUUUGCUGCCGUUUGCGCAUGCGCAGGAGCAGCGAUUGCCGUUCGCUCAUGCACACAACGGCGCCUCUUCCAGCAACCCGUUUCGCCAUAAAGGCGGGCCUCCAGAACUGAUUGUGAUCAUGAGUAGAGGUUCUAUUGUAUGUUGCGUGAAGAAGUACUUUAUUUUGUCUGUCCCGAUUCUCUCCACAUUUAGCUUCAUUGAAUAGCCUCGGGUCAUAUGAUAUGAGAGGAGAAAAACUCCUUCCCUCCACUUUCUCUGCACUGCACAUAUGUGAACGUGACAUUCUUUUUAACGCAGUCGCUGCUAGCGUGACCUAUAAAGCCUAUUUAAAAGUUUCUCCCACACUUUGAAUCCUUUCCUUGUGCUUAUUACUGCUGCUGAAAAUAUUUUUUAAAAGCACUAUCACUUCUGUUUCAUUCACAGAUUGUAAUAAGUAUAGGCCUCAUGUUUUAUGUUGUCCACCGGGCUCAAGUGGAAUUGAAUGCAGCCAUAGUUGCAUGUGAAAUGGAAAUGAAGACAUCACUUGUUAAAAGCAGUCUACCAAGCAACAGCAACUCAUCCUUUUGCAGCAAGAGGACGCUUGCAUUUUCUGGAGGAGGAGUCAACAUUGUAUGAGUCCCGCCCCCCUCCUCCUGAAGUAUUAUAUUAACUUUCUUUGUGAAUCUGGACAACCUAACAUAUUGCCUAGACAUCUCUAAAAGACUUAAAUCCCGAACAGUGGAGGAUCUCAAACAACCUUGGUGGUUUUUAGAUUGCAAAAUGGGCGGCUUUUUGUAAGGUGGCUAAGUGACUGUAAAUAUAGAUGUAAGUCUGGCUGCACCUUUCGUCAUUAUUAUACGUGUCAUGGCCUGUAGUCUGCACUUUAGGUUUGUUUUGUGUUUCCUUUUUCAAACGGAGAAAAAAUACCCUUGAAGCAAUUUUUUUUUUCUUUUCUGCUUAGCGUUAUUUAUAAGGCUGACUAAUAAUAUACAGUAGAUCUUCAAUGCUGGCGAAUGAGUGUAAAGUAUGCAACUCCAUGUACAGUACUCUUGAAUGUGCUUAGCUUUCAAAGUAUUUCCAGAAAGCAGUAUGUUCUUCUCUCACGAGCAAGAGGGCAAUCCAGCAAAUGGAAGGUUCUGCUUCUUAGGGCUGGGAAGGCAAAACUCUAGUACUUUCUGAAAAGGACAGCUCUCUCCCUCCCAGUAUCCAGUCAUUUCCUGUCUGCGACAGGUUACAGGGUUUCUCCACAGUUCUUUUGGGAACCUGCUAAAAAGGAAAGUGCGGGAGCAUUUUUGCUAUUUGGGGACUAUUUGGCUCCCUUACCUUGCUUUUUUUUUAAUUUCUUGUUGGGCCAGGGGGAGAACACAUUAUAUAAAUAUUUGGUUGAAUGUAUUUUUGUAAGCCACUGAAAUAUUGUGGAGCCAUUCAUAAUUUUUCACGUAAGUUUAAAUCCUACAUUGUGGGACUGAAGUGCUCUUAUAUAACGUUUUAAGUUACACUGUGUAAUAUGCAAAGUAAAAGAGAAACUACAAAGAACUUAAUAUGAUUGUGGCCAAUAGCAGUCUGAGGGAGAACUUGUAGGUGAAAUACAAGUCUUUGACCUGGUUUUAUCAUCCUCGUUAGUGACGAAAAGGGCUCUUCCAUUACAAAUGCAUUUCUAGCUAGUUAGAGUUUGGGGGUGUGUAAAUCGGCUUCGCUUUGUACUGAGCACCAUAAGACUUGCAAAGCAGGAGGAACUAAAUCUCUCUGAAAAUACUAUGGUACUAACAAAUAACGUGGCCUUUAUUUUAUGGGGAAGACCUUUUGGUUUUUCUUUAAUAAAAGCUUUAAAAAUCAACACAGUUCCUCCCUAAUACUUUCCUCCGGUCAUCAGAUGAUGCUCUUCUGGUAUGUUUUGUGCAGUACAUUGGUACUUGUACCAGUGGAAUGCUGUGAAGAUUGCAUGUGCCCCUUCUUCUUCUUUGCAUGUGUGAAACAUUUGCAAAAAUUAGGAAAAACAGGUUUUCCAUCUUAAAAAUAAAUAAAUGACUAGAAAAGGGCAGAAAUGUCUUUCAAGGCUCAGGAAUCCGUAAAUGUUUUUAAAAGAAUAUAUUUCAUAUGAUAUGAUGGACUCUCCACAGAAGGAUCGCCAAGUCUCUUCUUCGUGGGUUUGAACAGACUGAAAUAAUCUUGUGUGUGUCAGUUCCAUAAUUCUUUACAGAUACAUAUUUGUAUACUCUCAAAAAUGCUUCAUAGAAGUUGGAACCAGCACAAAACUACUUUGAACUCAAAUAACCUUAUUUUUUUGUCUUAAUUAGUUUCUUGUCAAUAAAGUACAAUUUGGGCUGUUACAAUUUUGUGUUAACUUAUUGCCCCUCCCUUUCUUUUUUGUAUGUGUGUCACCUGGAUGCAAUCAGUUUUGGGUUGUUGUUUUUUUGCCAGUUAUGUGUAAACUACCAUCUGUAGAAAACAAGGGCCACAGUCUAAAACCAUAUGUCCAUUAGCUUUUGUGUUUGGUUGUGGCAAAUUGCUUUCAGGGUUAUAGUUAGUCCGGAAUAGUUUGCUAUUGAGAAUAUACCAUACUUUUUUUUGGUACAGUAAUUGCACAGUUCCACUAUGUCCCCAGUCACCUUGAAAUGGUGGUCAUACAUCUUAGCAACAUUUCCUUUCUUGAAUCCAUUGACAUUUCUGGAACUACUUGCAAGCAACUGUUUGGGGGGGAAUUUAGCGUUAUUCUCCUACACCUGCAUUAGUUUGUCCCUUUUGAAAACUGACAGUUCGGUUACUAUUUAAGGGCACUGUUUGACAGUGAAAGAUUGCUGAUCCCUUUGUUACCAAGGGUUUUUAUUUGAAAAGUAACUCCAGUAAGCAAAGUAACCUGGAUGUCAUUCCCACUUAAGACUUUACCAAUACAUGUAUUUUGUGGACUCCUUUGAUGACAACAAUAAAGAAGACUUUGCAAAGCUGCAUUCUCAAGUGCUUUUAGUUCCAUUGUGUUUUGCAACCAAAUUAACUUCACUGUGUAAACAUUUUAAAACAAUAAUCUUAAAGUUUCUGCUUUUGGCGUGAUAACUUGUGUACAAGUUAAUAGAAAAUAUGCAUAAAAGUUUUUUCUUUUCUUUUUGUAUCUUGCCAAUCAUUUUAUACAAUAAAUUCACUCUUUAUUCUGCUUGUGUAGAUGUGAGCUUUAAGUCUUCUACUGUAGCAUGUGGCUUGGCUCAUUUGAUAGAGCCACCUAUGUAUUACUAAAACUGAACUGUUCCUUUGAAGCAGGCAGCCAUCACUGGUAGGAGGCCUCUUGUCUGCUCCUGCUCAAUGUGGGUUAAGCUAUAGGCAUUGGCUCCCUUUGUAUGUUAGUACAUGGAGGAUCUUAUAUAGACUUAGAACACAGGAAGGUCUUUCUAGUCAAGCAUCCUGUUCUUUUGUGGCCAACCAUAUGCCUAUCAGAAGUCCAUAAGCAAGACUGCUUAAAAUAGAGGCGAAAACUUGGCACGAAUACCACUUCUGCUGCAUCCUGUUCUGUUUUAAUGGCCGCAUCGAAAUUCUGCGUGUUAUCCAAAUACUUUCAAUGCAUGUUAAGAAAAAAAUUGUGUGAUGUCUGGAAUUUCUGGAAUGUUAUAAAUCUUUUUGCAUC